ACGAAGCAGUAAUAGGACCUAGAACCUAGAACACACAAAAGCCAGGAAGAGAUCUAGGCAAUUUUAUGCGUAGAAAAAAACGCAAGUACUUGUAGCUUAGAGCAUUGAAAAAAAAAGUUAGUUGAAUGAAAAAAUGGUGGCCACAAAGCACCGAAUCGCGUCCCGGUUUGAUAAAUCAGACAAUCUUGACGAUUGGAUCCGUAAAAUCAAGAACAAGAAAUACGUCGUGAAGCGUGAAACCCGCGGACAGGACCUGCGAGUGUUGGCCAUGCUUAGCGGAGCGCUUUCUCACGCCGAAGAGUGUCUGCGGCGUGAGAAGAUCCGGAAGCAGGAAGAUAGGGCCAUUAAGUGGGCCCGGAUCCGAUCGCGGUUGGCCGAACCCCCGCGGAUGUACUGUGACCUGGAGGAGGAAGAGGAAGAAAAAGCCCGAAACGCGUCCAACGCCAUCUGGAGCGAAGACUUUAACGGAAUCAAUAAUUUCAUAACGGAACUGAACAGUAUCAAGACCACCCUGAGUCGAUAGGACAAAAGGGGGACACAGUCCCAGAGCAUGAUCACUUAACUUUCCUACAAUCAGUCGGAACUAGAUUUCCUUCCAUUUUUUUCCUUGAGUAGGAGACAAACUCUCGAUCUCGGUAGAUGUAAUGAAUUCUAACGUGCAAUCAGUGUGAUAGGGAACCAAACUCGCCUGGAGCGUCAUCGUCGUUCGCGAAACGUUUUUCCAUCACCAGCAAACCCAAACACACAAGUUGCGAAAAAUCGUCGGUCGCCAUUUUGAAAUUGAAAAUUUUCAUCACGCUCACUGCUGACUCGAUUCUAUAUGUCGCUUCCUCACACACACACAGUCAUGCGCACAACGCAAUGCCCGCUUGGUCGUUGUCAAUGUGAUGUCAUACAAAAAACUCGUGACGGUUCGGAUGAGUAUGUGUGUGUGUUGGAGUGCGCGUUCGUUUUCGAGAACAACGGGUUCGUACGUAACUUUCCCUUCCCGACGAAACGGUGAAGCAAAUAGCGAUGAGGCACCAAGUUGACGAAGCAACAACAAGAAAAAAACGGGGUUCGAGUGCAAUGUUUUCGUUUUGCCUUGGGUUCUCCCCACCCAAUCGGACGAGUGCGAUCCAAGUAGCCAUCUCGCGUGCGUUGUUUGUGAUGGGUUUGCUCUCUGGUGAUGGAGACGCGCUUUCGUAGAAGCGACGCGUCAAGGUGAGUGCGGGUAGGAUAGGUCUUUGUUUCGAAUCAGGAAAAUUCCACCGAACGAUGCAAUCGUGGCGGGGGGUACUGCAGAGAGCGCUAGUGGGGAUACGAGAGUUGUGAUGAUAUAUGAGACACGAAAAAUUUCGAUGUGAUGAAGCAAUCUGUGGCAGAGUUGGAAAAACGUUUCGAGAUGUUUGAAAUAUUUUUGUAAAGCUGAGUUGUACAAAGAUGAGUAUUUUAUUUUUUCGUCGUCAUCCUCCGACGAGUCUCGAGUAGGAAACGAGCUAUAUUGUAUAAGCGAAUGUCCAAGAGGUGUACGAUGUGAAAUCGACGUACUGUUAGGAGCUAGGGAAGAAAAUUUGAAAAUCAAAAAACUUAACCAUUUUUAUACAGUAUAUUUAGUGUAAGACAGUGGAUCUUUAAUCAAGUUUUUCAU